CCGUGGUUAGCGCCGCUGCCGUCGGGAGUAACUGCCACGUCCGAGCCCGGGAAUCGCCGCCGCCACCGCCGCCGCCAUGGUCUCAGUCAUUAAUACUGUGGAUACCUCCCAUGAGGAUAUGAUUCAUGAUGCCCAGAUGGACUAUUAUGGCACCCGCUUAGCCACCUGCUCAUCAGAUAGAUCUGUCAAAAUCUUUGAUGUUCGGAAUGGAGGUCAAAUUCUAAUUGCUGACUUGAGAGGUCAUGAAGGUCCUGUGUGGCAAGUGGCCUGGGCUCAUCCUAUGUAUGGAAACAUCUUAGCCUCCUGCUCCUAUGACCGAAAAGUUAUCAUCUGGAAAGAAGAGAAUGGCACUUGGGAAAAAACAUAUGAGUACACAGGCCAUGACUCUUCAGUGAACUCAGUCUGCUGGGCCCCCCAUGACUAUGGGCUCAUUCUUGCCUGUGGCAGCUCUGAUGGGGCCAUCUCACUGCUGAGCUACAGUGGUGAGGGACAGUGGGAAGUGAAGAAGAUCAACAAUGCUCACACCAUUGGCUGCAAUGCUGUGAGCUGGGCUCCUGCUGUCAUACCUGGGAGCCUGGUAGACCAGCCAUCUGGACAGAAGCCAAACUACAUCAAGAAGUUUGCCUCAGGCGGCUGUGACAACCUGGUCAAGCUCUGGAAGGAGGAAGAAGAUGGUCAGUGGAAGGAAGAUCAGAAACUGGAAGCUCACAGCGACUGGGUUCGAGAUGUUGCCUGGGCUCCCUCCAUUGGCCUGCCAACAAGCACCAUAGCCAGCUGCUCCCAGGAUGGCCGAGUGUUCAUCUGGACCUGUGAUGAUGCUUCUGGAAACACCUGGUCUCCCAGGUUACUGCACAAGUUCAAUGAUGUGGUGUGGCAUGUGAGCUGGUCUAUCACAGCCAACAUCCUGGCUGUUUCAGGAGGAGACAACAAAGUUACUCUGUGGAAGGAGUCUGUGGACGGCCAGUGGAUGUGCAUCAGCGACGUCAACAAAGGCCAAGGCGCCGUGUCUGCGGUCACAGAGGGCCAGCAGAACGAGCAGUGACCCCGGGGUGCCGGCGGGGCAGACGCAGCCAGGACCGGGCCUGCCGGCGGGGCCGGAAGACACCAUCCCCGGACACCGUCUCUGGCGCUGCCAUGGCACGGCUCGGCGGGCGAACACGGUUUUCCCAAAGAGGGAAAGGAAAUGAGAUGAUUCUGAAUUCCAUUAAGAUCACGUGUUCCCACGCAUCGAUGCAGCCAGUCUUGAUCAUCUGCCUUAAAAUGAUUUCUUUGGUCUCUAACAACCUGACUGGUUCAGAGCGCUUAUAGUUUAAGAAAAAUGAUUCCAAAUGGUUUUCAAAGUUGUUCACUUUAAAUAUUUUUUUUAUCAGCUACUUUGGGUACCCCCGUCCUUUGGGGUUUGUGUUUGGGGGUGAGGCGGGAUUGUUUUCAAAAUAAUUGAAUAAAGUGAGUCAUAAUUCUC